AUGGACGGCUGGAGCCUCAUCGACUGCAUGGGCGGCACAAGCCGCUUCAUUACGAGCUUAACCUUCUUUAUCCACUUUAUUCACCCGUUGUUCUGCAUCGCUAACUACUGUGCCUGGGUGAUGUAUCAGGUGCCCGUGCUGGGGGAGUCUAUCGUGCACGCGUAUCUUGCCAUGAGCGUCGUAGCCGCCGUCUUCUACCUCGCCGUAGCUUCUGUCUUCUACAUGUGGGCAUGGCGCUUUCCUGACCCAGAGGAGGUGUCAAAGCGGCGCCGGAUUUACGGUAUUCUAGUGAAUCUGCUCUUUUCCGACCUUCCCUUGUUUGUGAUUGAGGUGAAAAUAUGUUGGGUGGUGCAGUUUGCCUCCGGCAUACAGGGAACGUCGUUUGUGAUUACAUGCAUUUCGUUUUUUUACUCCGCCGUUCGGGUGUGGACUUUUUUUAUGAUUAAACUCAUCAAGAUGCGUGCACCCGUGGUGGGCGCCCAACCACAGUUUGCGGGGUCCGCCAUGUACGCCGCCGAGGGCCGAGGUGCGGGGCCUUCGGGCUACUCGUACAACGGCAACGUUGCACCGCGUUACUGGACGGAUGCGAACGGUAGCGGGGACGACUACCGCAACAACACUGGCGGUUUCCCCCAGGGGCGCCGCACACCUAGUGACGCCUACCGGCGAGGCCCGCACUACGCCGACGGCCGUUAUGGGGGUGACCAAUUCAGCACGCCGGGGGGUCAGUCCCUGCCUCGUAUUUAA